CCAUCGGCCGGCGGCGACGUUUGUGUGCUUUCCUGCGCUUCUACGCGGCAUCGGUUAGAGAGGACGCAUAGUUUUACCGUCCUGUCUAAAACUCGUGCGACCUGAUCACAGUGUCUGUCAGUCAUGUUGUCGGCGUGUCUCGGCUGGCUCGGCUGGCUGGCGUCCCUGGUGUUCAGCCCGGUGACAAUCGGUCUCGUGGUGCUGCUCCUGACGCUGAUCUACCGCUAUCUGACGCGCCACAAGAACUUCUGGAAGGGGAAGGGUAUCGCCAACAAGCCGUACCGCUUCCCCAUGGGAAACUGCCGGAUUGGAGUUCUUUAAAACACCUUUCUAUGAGGGCUGUGCAAAACUAUAUGAAGAGGCGAAAAAGGCAGGAGGAUGCUUGGGUAUCAUCGACUGGGGAGGCCCUGGAAUAGUGGUGAGUGAUCCAGAGCUGAUCAAAAAUAUUCUGGUCAAGGACUUUGAAACGUUCCCGUUCCGGCGUCCAGACUUUUUCAGUUCUGUUUCGGGCAGCGUUUUUUCGAAGAUGAUGUCAAGCCUCACUGGACAGGAAUGGAAAGAUGUGAGAAGCAUAUCCACUCCAUCCUUUUCUACCGGGAAAAUCCGUGGCAUGACAGUCAUUUUAGAAGAGCUUUCCAACACUCUAGCAGAUCAGAUGUUUAAGGAGUCCCAGAAAGACGGAGAGGUAAAUGUGAAGGAAUUGUUUGCUAGACUCACCAUGGACACUAUAGCGUCAGUAGCGUUUGGUCUGGAUGCCGAUUCCAUCCGCAAUCCAGAGUCGACCAUCGCCAAGAAGGCACAAUUGCUCAGGAGUCCACUGACACCUCUGAGCAUGUUUGCCCUUAUGAGUUAUAUCAUAAUGCCGUCCUUCAUCAAGAAACGACUUGAUCCGACAAGCAUUGUGGUUAACAAGGAGGCCAUCGACUUUUUCGUGAACAUCUCUAAACGUACUAUCAAGGAACGAGAGGAGCACCCGGAACGUCGUCGCAAUGACUACCUUCAGCUGCUCAUCGACUCACGUCGGGAUGACAGUCAGGCGCGCAAGCUCACCGACGACGAAAUCACGGCUCAGUGCGUCUUGUUCUUCUUUGCAGGAAGCGAUACCACUUCAAACGUUCUGGCGUGGGCUGCGCGUCAGCUUGCAUUCCAUCCUGAAAUGCAAGAACGAGUCCAAGCCGAGAUAGACGAAGCACUGCCAUCUAGUGACGACUCCAUCGCCUUCGACAAAGUCAACAGCGGCAUGCCGUACCUUGAGAGCGUCCUGACGGAGACCCUGAGGAUGUACCCCCUGGCGCAGCUGACGCGCUGCUCGACUCGCGACUACCCCAUUCCUGGCACGGACGCAGUUCUGCCAGCCAACAGCAUUGUGUACAUGUUUCCUCUAGCCAUGCAGCACGACGCAGAUCUCUACCCGAACCCGGAGUCCUUCAACCCGGAUCGGUUUCUGACCACAGGCAAAGAGAUGCGCAACUCGUACACCUACCUGCCGUUCGGUCAGGGACCGCGCAACUGCAUCGGCAUGCGGUUCGCGCUGCUGCAGGCGAAGGUGGCACUGGUGGCGCUGCUGAGGAAGUACUCGCUGGUGACGGGCCCAAAGUCCGGGAAGAUGGAGCCGGUGCUGGACCCUCGGCUUGCGCAGACCCAGGAGAAGGGCAGCACCUGGCUCAAGGUGGUGCGACGCUGAUUGCUUGGUGCCAAGUCUGGGCUUUUGCCUCAGGGAAGUUAGAAGAUCACUUUUAUGGAUUAUAUUUCAUCUCUGAGGAUGAUUAGUGAUUAUGUUGUUGCAAUUGGGCCGUGCAAAUAUUAUGGUUAUUGCCGUUUUGGAAUGUCGCAUUUGAAUAUAUGUUAGCUAUCACGAAGUGAUUCAAAACUGAAUAAAAUAAGGGCAGAAUAAACAAAAUAAAACAUCCACAUUAUUA